CCGAAUCCGGGUGCGCGUCGGGAGGCCGCGCGCCGCGGGCAGGUUGGGCGGGAUGGAGCGCGGCGCGGUGCGCGGCCUGGCCGCCCGGCUGGGCAUCAGCCACCCCUGCGCCGUCAGAAAAGCCGAAGAGUUUCUGCGGCUGGCCCAGGUGAAAUGCACGGGAUUAAUGGCUCAAAUGACAGCAACAAGUAGUGCUGUGAUGUGCCUGGACCUAGCAGCUAGUUUCCUGAAACAACCAGUUGACAGAAGCUAUUUUGUUAAACUCUCUGGUUUGAACAAAACGACCUACCAGAGCUCCAUGAAGUCUUUGGAAUGUUUGCUAGAGGUGAACCCCAGACUGGGAAUGCGAGACUUGGCUGUGCAAUUCUGCUGCACAGAGGCAGUGAGCACCGCUUCAAAAAUAUUACAGAGGUAUGAAUCCAGCCUCUCUGAAGCACAGCAAAUGGACCUUGAUUUCUCAAAACCACUUUUUAUAACAGCUGCACUAUUCACUGCAUGCAAGUGUUUGAAGCUAAAAGUGGACAAAACUAAAAUGUUGGCUACAUCUGGGGUGAAAAAAGCAAUAUUUGACCGGCUGUGCAAUCAGCUGGAGAAGAUGAGCCAGCAAGUCAGCAAUGAUGAUGUUCCACUGGCUGCAAAGACACCUGAAAGCUUGAACAUCACUGCAGAACACUGUGAGAAGGCAGAUGGAUCAGAAGAUGAUGAGGAGAGGCCAUGUAAACGGCCAAAGACUGAAACAAAGCAAGACUAUGAAGAAUGGAAAAAGAAAAUCCUGGAAAAUGCUGCUAAGGCACAAGAGACAAGUAGGAGUACUGCCUCUGUAGUGCCGUCUAGUAAUAUCACUGCUACUUGCUCAUAAUUUUAACUUUCCCUCUGCCCCCACAAGUUCCAGUAGCAUAUGAGUGAUGGCUGCCUGAUAGCCAGCUAGUUUUAUUUGUGAGCUGGUUCUUAAGUAUUUAAGAAGGUUAUUUUUAGUAAAUGACACCAGAAUUGAGGUGAUUUCACAAGAAGCCUGUCUGACUACUUGCCCAGCUGGUACCUGAGCAGCUAUGGCAUUAGGUGGUAGAAUAGCUUAAUUUCUCUUGAUGCAAGAAGCAGGUAACAUUCUAAUGCUGUGUUAAGUGUAAAUAACUUAUGGAUUACAUGCCCAUGUGCCUCUGGCUGGAAGUAGUCAGUGGAAAAAAAAGAGGGAGGGGACUACCAGUGCCUUGUUAAACUGCAAAACCAGCAGCAGAAUUAAGACUGAUCAUUUUUAAUAUUUUUUUUUACUGUUGAAGAAAUGUUUAGUCACUGAGUUUGACUUAUUUUUAUAACCUGUAUGGGACUGAAAUCUCUUGUGCUUGUAAGGGGUCCCAAAUAUUCCAACAAACAAUAAAGACAGUGGAAGGAAAAGCUUUGUAUUAUGACAUGAGGUUCUUGGCACUUGUCAUAUAUGAAAUCCUUAGAGUGCAAAAUAAAAGCCAUACAGGAGAUGUCUGUUCUUUAAGGAGGAAGAUAUGCAGGGGACAAGGAUCUUACCUGGGUAACACAAAUUUUUUGCAUCUCCGAGUCAUAAACAGCAAAGAGGCGAGAGUGUCCUGUCCUGUAGUUCUUAGAAGCAACUUCUGCUGUCCUACACUUCUGUCCCAGCUACUCAAACUACAAUUUGUGUUAACUACAUUUUGAAGGAAGAUCACAACUUCUAGUUGUACAAGGCUGGUGUAACUAUAAUAAAGCCAAUCCAAAUCUUCUGCCCA